AUAUCGGAUACACCAAAAAGUCAAAAAUCAAAGGGGCGAAAAAACGAAAGAAAAACGUGGUGGGUAAGGUUGUUUUUUUAUUUAAUAGAGUACUAAUUUGUUUAUUUUUGCAAAUCGCAGGUCGACAGAUGAAAGUCAAAAACGGUGCAUGUCCUGGAGAGUACAUUCAUUUCUAUACUCCUGGUGAGUUAAGUCCAUAAAUCCAAUCAUACAUAAACAGUGUUUUUACAGUUUAUAUCUGAAAAUCCAGAAUAUUUGAAUUUCUUGUUCCUCAUCCAAAUUCCAAUUAUCCCAUAUUUCACCGUCAAUCGUUUCAAAUAUCUCCGUUAAUUUCAUUUCCCGGCGACGAUGUCGACGGCGAGAGCCGGUAACGAUGACAGUUCUAACGGAGUUGAUACGACGCCGUUGCUCACCGAUCAACUCUUUAGGAGCCGACGGUUAGCGCGCCGUGCCCCAAGCCUAAGAGGAGCGGCUCGAUUUCUCCGGCGAGCAAGUAGCCGGCGAAUGUUGCGAGAGCCGUCGAGGCGCGUGAGGGAAGCUGCAGCGGAGCAAAUUGAGGAACGGCAGAGCGAUUGGGCAUACUCUAAACCUAUAGUGAUACUAGAUCUUAUCUGGAACUUAGCUUUUGUGAUUGUCUCGGUUUCGGUGUUGAUUUUGAGCCUUGAUGAGUCACCUUCUAUGCCUUUGAGGCUUUGGAUUGUUGGAUACGCUUUACAGUGUUUGCUUCACAUGGUUUGUGUUUGCGUUGAGUAUAGACGCCGAAUUCAGCUUAGUAAUCCUGCUACAAGUUUGAAUUCUGAGCAGAGUAGCGUUGCUGGAGGUUGGAACGGUUCAAGUUCGGGAAGUGACGGAGGGGAAGCUGGCGAUUAUCACACCGAGAGCCGUCAGAAUGAGGAUGAAACUAGUGUUGCUAAGCAUCUGGAAUCUGCAAAUACCAUGUUUUCUUUCAUUUGGUGGAUAAUUGGUUUCUAUUGGAUAUCCGCUGGUGGCGAAAGUUUGACUCAUGAUGCACCUCAACUUUACUGGCUUUGUCUCACAUUUCUAGCAUUCGAUGUAUUCUUUGUUGUUAUAUGUGUUGCCGUGGCUUGUCUCAUUGGAAUUGCUGUUUGUUGCUGCCUACCGUGUAUCAUUGCUAUUUUAUAUGCAGUGGCGGACCAGGAAGGAGCAACCAAGGAAGACGUUGAGAGGCUGCCUAAAUACAAGUUUCGAAAACUUGGUGAUUUUGAAAAACAAAAUGGCGAGAUUCAAGAGUCAUUUGGAGGAGUAAUGACUGAAUGUGACACUGAUACACCCAUUGAGCAUGUUCUCCCAUUGGAAGAUGCCGAAUGUUGCAUUUGCCUUUGUCCCUAUGAAGAUGGAACUGAGCUGCGUGAGCUCCCUUGUCGUCACCAUUUUCACUCUGCCUGCAUAGAUAAGUGGUUGUUCAUAAAUGCCACCUGCCCUCUUUGCAAGUUCAAUAUACUUAAAAAUGGCAAUCAAAGUAGUGGCGAAGACGCAUAAAUCAGCUUAAUGCUAUGCAGCCAUCACAAUGGAGAUCUUGUACUUCUGGGUGUUGGUACCAGGUUCAACCUCUAGUAGGUGCUUAUUUAUUCACAAAUCCUAGCGCUCGCUUCUUUUGUCAUGUUGUAGCGUGUAUUUUUGUGGGCUUACAUGUUUGUAAAACAUUUCUUGUUCUGUAUCAUAUGUAGAUGUUUAAUUUAAUCUGAAUUAACGUGUACGAAUUCUCAUCAUCUUGAUGUUUGAGAUGGCUCACACAAUCAUAAUGCGAAUGGUAAUCGGACCUUUUUCCCC